AAUGAUGGUCCUUGAGUUGUGGCUACAAUGGGGUUUCAUGGGAGAAAUUCUAUGACCCCGAGGUGCUCUUUUGAGGGAGUUUCCUUCACUGUUUAAUUGGUCUGAAGUUGGCAGUGAAUUUAGACCUUGCAAUUAAUUGCACCUAAGACAAAAGCUAGAAACUUUCUGUGGUUUUCUUUUGGUUUAUUUUGUUGGAGGUCUAAGUUAUAAGAUCUGCAACUAUGGAUGAUAAAAAAGAAAAUUUAUUACCAUCCCCCUCACCGAGCCAGAUGUUAUUAAUUGAUGAGGAACUUUGGCGGAUGGCUGAAGAGAGGACCCAAGAGAUACUAUGGACAAUUGAACCAAAUGUACUAUCUGAGGUGAACAGAAAGGAUGUUAUUGAAUAUGUUCAAAAGUUGAUUGGAGGUUACCAUGAAUCAGAGGUCUUCGCAUUGGGAUCUUUCCCCCUGAAAACCUACCUUCCUGAUGGAGAUGUUGACUUGACAGCUCUCAGUCGUGUAGAUGAAGAGGAGGAUUUGGCUCAAACAGUGUGCGAUUUACUUCAAAGUGGAGAAGACCCUGAAUACCAAGUCCAAGAUGUACAAUAUAUACGUGCACAGGUCCCGCUAGUCAAGUGUACUAUUAAAGGUAUAGCUGUUGACAUCUCUUUCAAUCAGAUGCCAGGACUCUAUACUCUACGCUUCUUGGAACAGGUUGACCAACUUGUCGGAAAGAACUAUAUUUUCAAACGCAGUAUUAUCUUGAUCAAAGCUUGGUGCUAUUAUGAGAGCCGACUUCUUGGUGGACACUUUGGCCUGUUAACAACAUAUGCAUUAGAAAUAUUAGUGUUGUAUAUAAUUAAUCGUUUUCAUUCAUCAGUGCGUGGUCCUCUAGAGGUACUCUACAUAUUUUUGGACUACUACAGGUCAUUUGAUUGGGAGCAUAAUUAUAUUAGCAUAUGGGGUCCAAGAGCCUUAUCCUCCCUUCCAGAAAUUGUUGAUAUACCGGAAUGUGAUCGGGGUCAGUUCUUGCUCCAGAAAGAAUUUCUCCAAAAUUACAAGGAUAUGUGCUCUUCUUUUACCGCAAGGGCAUCCGAGAAUGUGACCCAAGAAUUUUCUGUUAAGAGCAUGAACAUCUUGGAUCCUUUAAGAGAUGACAACAACGUAGGCCGCAGUGUCACAAUGGCAAGUUUAUAUCGAAUGAGAUUAGCAUUUUCCUAUGGCUCAAAAAAGCUCAAGAAGAUCCUCAAACUUCCAGGACAAUACAUGGGUGCAGCACUUGAGAAGUUUUUCCGCAGCACUUUGGACAGGAAUGGGAAAGGACAAAGGGCAGAUGUAGACAUUCCUGUUUCUCCAUUUGGCACUGGAAGAUCAGAAGAGUCUGUCAUCCGUGGAGAUUGUAAUAGUUACUAUGGUGCCUUACAAUAUAUUCAGAAGAUUAAUGCCAAGCCACCCCUGACUGAGAAUUCCAGUUUUUCAAUUUCACCUUCUCAGGAUCAUAUCCCUGCACUGUCAAUGCAGCAACACUGGAGCAUGUUUUACCCAAGCGGCACUGAAGUAUAUAUCCCGCCGGAACAGACACUCUAUCAUCCAACAUACGAAGGAGGAAUGUCACGGGGAACCGGCACAUACAUACCUGACUUGAAUUAUAAUUGCUACUGGGAUAUACGCGCAAGGGCGUCUAGGCCAAGGAGAUUUGUGUCUCCAAGGCACUAUGAAUUUCCCACACCACCUGUGAAUAAUCAACAAGAGGAGGAGGUUCAUUCUGAGAAAGACAUGAGUGGUAAUUCAGAUUCAAGGUCAUUGGAGAUCUCAAGUGAAGAUUUCCCCCUUCUUUCAAACAUUCCCAAGGCUACACCAGCAACACAAGCCCAAGAGUCUUCACCAUUAGCCAAGGCUCAUUCUGAGACAGACAUGGGUGGUAGUUCAAGGUUGUCUGGACUCUCAAAGGAAUACUUCCCCCUUUUUCCAGGCAUUCACAAGGCUACAACACCACCAACACAAGUCCAAGAUUCCCCUCCAUUAGCAAAGGCUCAUUCUGAGACAAACAUGGGUGGUGAUACUUCAAGUUUCUCUUUACUCUCAGAUGAAUAUUUCCCCCUUCUUCCAAGCACCCACAAGGCCACACCACCAACACAAGCCCAAGAGGUUGCUCUAUUAGAAAAGGUUCAAUCUGAAACACAGAUGGAGACUAAUUCAAAGUGGUUUGAGCUCUCAAAUGAGGAUUUCCCCCUUCUUCCAAAGCUUCGUUCUGUGACACACAUAGGUGGUAAUUCAAGUUCGUUUGAGCUCUCAAAGGAAGAAUUCCCCCUUCUCUCAAGCACUCGCAAGACCACCCCUUCAGAGUCUACUCAGUUAACCAAGCAAGGCAAGAGUUCCCUAUCCUCUAAACUGAAAAAUGUUGAUUUUGGAACACUCAGUUACAAGAAUUCACAAGCACUUGCAGAACCAAGUUUGUCCACAAAGGGUGAGAAAGGAGAUUCUGGUGUUUCACUGUCUCAAGACACUGUGCAGGAAGUUCCGAAGGUGGCAGUAAAGAUGGAAGAGGAAUCUGCCGAGAGCUAUGAGAAAUGGAUUGACAGUAUUUAAUGUGGACAUUUUCUAGGAUAUCGAGGAUGAACAUCAGGGUGGUUCAGUUCUGAUGUGGUCAUGUUCUGAUCAACGAAUAAAAUAGUAGUAAAUAUUUCCUUCUUUGUUUUCUUUAUAUGAUGAUAAGGUGUAAAUUUGGGAGAAACUAGAAUAGGUUGCCAUUGCCAGUGAUAGUCUCAAACUUCAUAGGAAUAAACAUGUGGAAGGAAUAUUACCAUUACUCUAGGAACACAAAAAGACUAUGGCAUCUCCCUUCUAUUUUCUGGAUGAACUUGUACAUGAUAAUGUUUAAGUUAAAUAAAUCUUUUGAUGUUUUAUCA